AUGAAGGGCAAUCGUUCGACUCCUCCUCGCCGUCUCUCAGUCGAUCCCCCGACUCCCAAGCCCACCGGCGUUCAGUAUGUCUGCUCACCCGCGACCAGUACGUCGAACUGCACGACGGCGUGGCCGGUUGACAGUGGCUUUCCCUCUCAGAUAAACCCAGUAUUUUACUCCGUCGUGAAUCACCUCCAAACCCCCCUCUGUCCGCUCGUCUCCAGCACUACGGGCCUUCAACACCCCGGAUUCCCCUGCACCAUCCUUGCCUAUCACCUGUUGACCUCCCCCCAGCUGGAUGACCUAGCACGCCACUACCAUCAGGUGUACCCCCCGGUGGCCGCUACAUCCUACUACCCCGUCACCAUCCCUCCUUGGGUGGGCACCUCCGACGAGAGUGGCGUAGACCUUGACACGAAGCGACGCCGCUUCGGUCGCUUUAUUGGACUCCACGGCUGCGAGUCGCCCGUUGAGGACAGCUUCGACGAAGACUACAUCUAUGAUGACGAUGAGAUGGAUACCUCCCCGGACUACAUCAUCCCUUCCGGCCCGCCGCCUCCACAACCGCCAGCCCAGCCAGCAGCACCGCCGGAAGAAACCGAGGCGGAGAUGCUGGCCCGUAUGGAUCGCGAGUGGCAGGAGUGUCUGCUGUAUGCACGAGAGGACUCGGACGCCGCGAUGCGGUUGAAGAUGAAUGGAUACUGA